UAAUAUUAAAACUGUGAAUUUCGGUAGGUUUGAGUUUGACCACUGCUCAGACACUUCCCUGUGAAAUCUUUCUCACUUCUCGGCCUCUCUCAUCUGCUUUCUUUGACUUGUUUGGGGCAUUUUCCUUCAUCAAAUCAAGACCACAGGUUCAAAUUUCCACCAUUUUUGGCGUCUCUCAAUUUCGUCAGGAGGAACUUUCAUGUGGCGCUAUUUUCCAGGAUUAAUUGAGAAUUGAGUUUGAUUACCAUGGCAUCAAGACGCCAUGUUCAGUACAAUGCUCUCCCAACCGAUGAAGAUGAUAAUUAUGAUGUUAUUGCGAGAAGACAGUAUGACGCUCGGUUUGACUAUACACCCAAAGCCUUGGAUAAAAUCCCAUGGAAAUCCAUUGCCCUUGCCCUUUUCCUGCUGUUUCUUGGAUCAGUGCUUCUCUUCCUUUCAUAUUUCAUCUUCACAGGUCACAUGGGAGGGGAGCACUCCCAGGCCUUCGGCCUUUUGGCAUUAGGAAUUCUCUCCUUCCUCCCAGGCUUUUAUGAGACUCGAAUUGCAUAUUAUGCAUGGAGGAAUGCCAAAGGAUAUCGGUUUGCUUCCAUUCCUGAUUAUUAGUACCUGUCUUUGUGAUGUUCCUCAAAUCGAUGUACGGAUGCUACUUCUAGUCCUAGUGUAUUGUUUGACACUAACUAAAAAAUAUUGUAUAGAACCACAAGCAUAUGCAAUUUGUUUGUUAUUUCAAACAUAGUGUAGUCAUUUGAAUUCCCAGUA